GAGGAACUGCUCCACUUUCCUAAACUUAGGGAACAGACAAAAGGAAUGGGAGAUCAUCAACAUCAUGUUGAAUUUGUGGAGAAGUUGAUUGAGAAUUUUAAAACAUGCUUUGAUGACUUUAUGUUAGGAAAACAAGUCCUCUUGUGUAUUGACAAUCCAUUUCUUGUAAGAAAUGUGAAGGAGUUCUCUGCAGAAGCACAGCAAAUCUUCCCAUGGGCCACAGCUGCUUCACUGCAAGGUGAGCUAAUUGAUCUCCAAGGAAAUAUUGCACUCAAAGAGACUCAGUGUGACGUCAUCACCUUCUGGACAAAGAUGGUAACUGCAACCAACUUCCCUCUGCUGCACAAAGUGGCUCUCCACAUUCUUACAAUGUUUGGCUCUACCUAUAGCUGUGAAUCUGCCUUCUCAGCAAUGAACUUGGUCAAGAACCAGUACCGCAGUCGACUGACAAAUGAACACUUGCAUCAGUGUCUUCGCCUGGCCAUCACCCCAUUUGUGCCAGAAUUCAAACUCUUGGUAACAGACACAACAUG